UGCAGAAAAUGGGCGGGUCCAACAGCCAAACAGCUGGUGGCCGCACUGUGUCGCUCGCUCAGUGUGGUUGAUGGGGAAACCAUAGGGAAACAACAAGCAGGCAGGAAUCAUGGAUUGGGUCUCAAUAAACCUGAUCUGGGCCGCUAUUUUCAUCCAAAAGGUCGUAGGCGAGUAUGGCAUGGCUCACUUCAACGACAAAGACGAUAGCAAAGGAAAAGAUUACUGCAUUUUCUUCAACUCCCAGUGGGCACGUCUACCCCAGGACCUCAACAAAGCAUCCCGUCUCCAGAUUCAUGACCUCACAGCGUCGGUGCUGUGCUCAGCCUCUGAGGUCCCCGAUGGGGGCUUCCCUAACCGCAUACCCAUGGUGAUGAGGGGCAACUGCACCUUCUACGAGAAGGUGCGACUGGCCCAGAUCAACGGUGCCAAGGGCAUACUCAUUGUCAGCAAGGACCGUCUGACGCCACCAGCUGGAAACAAGACCCAGUAUGAGGAGAUCGAUAUCCCCGUAGCACUGCUCAGCUACACUGACAUGCUGGAUAUUAGCAAGAACUUUGGGGAUGAAAGAGAGGUGGCCAUGUAUGCUCCCAAGGAGCCCGUGUUGGACUACAACAUGGUCAUCAUCUUCAUCAUGGCCGUGGGCACGGUAGCCAUGGGCGGCUACCUGGCUGGUAGCCGAGACACCAAAAAGCGCUACAUGAAGCACAAGCGGGACGACGGCAACGAGAAGCAGGACGAGGAGACGGUGGACGUCACACCCAUCAUGAUCUCCGUGUUCGUCGCCAUGUGCUGCACCAUGCUGCUGCUCCUCUACUACUUCUACGACUACCUGGCCAUUUGGGUGAUAGCCAUCUUCUGCAUAGCGUCUUCCGUGGGCUUGUACAGCUGCCUGUGGCCUUUUGUCAGAAGAAUGCCUUGCUGCAAUUGCAGGGUCCCGGAAAACAACCUGCCCUACCUGCACAAGCGGCCGCAGAUCCGCAGUCUGCUGCUGUCCGCCUUCUGCAUCGGUGUCAGCGUCACCUGGGCCGUGUUCCGCAAUGAGGACCAGUGGGCCUGGGUGCUACAAGACACCCUGGGUAUCGCUUUCUGCCUCUACAUGCUCAAAACAAUCCGACUGCCCACGUUUAAGGCCUGCACUUUACUCUUGGUGGUGCUUUUUGUCUACGAUAUCUUCUUUGUAUUUAUUACUCCGUUCCUCACGAAGAGCCGGGAGAGCAUCAUGGUGGAGGUGGCGGCCGGCCCCUCUGACUCCUUCUCUCAUGAAAAGCUCCCUAUGGUGCUGAAGGUGCCCAGGCUGAACUCCUCCCCCCUGGCCCUGUGCGACCGGCCCUUCUCCCUGCUGGGCUUUGGGGACGUCCUGGUACCAGGGCUCCUGGUGGCGUACUGUCACAGGUUUGACAUCCUCACCCACUCCUCCAGGAUCUACUUUGUGGCCUGCACUAUUGCCUACGGCGUCGGCCUGCUGAUCACCUUUGUGGCGCUGGCCGUGAUGAAGAUGGGCCAGCCAGCCUUGCUCUACCUGGUGCCCUGCACUUUACUCACCAGCCUGGCGGUGGCGCUGUGGCGCAGGGAGCUGCCCCAGUUCUGGUCUGGGAGUGGAUUUGUGCCUGCCAUAGCGCGCACGCCGAUUAACUGUACUCAAACCGCGGCCCCGCCCACAGAGGAGUCCUUGACCAAUCCUGAGCCGCACAGCCCAGAGCCCACCAAUCAGAGUGAGGACACUCAGGAAACAUCCUCCACCAACAAGAGAGCGGAGCACAGAUUGGAAUAAAAUCAAAAAAGGAAAACUUCUAGAGACUUGGAGUGCGGCAUUAUAUAUACAUAUAUUUAUAUGUGUAUAUUAAUUGUUAUAUUGGUUGUUUGUUAUUUUAUUUCUCAGACUGUACAUUAGAACACUUGAAUUGAAUUGCAAUGGCCGAUUUUAGUGUUGACAUCUGUAAGUGUAAUAACUAUCAAAAGAAACUAUUGAGGUAGCUGGUGGGGUACGGGGCCACACCUGGUGUGAAACUGAUCUUGGACCAGACCCUCACACUAAGGCCCUCCCUCCUCGCUGCUGUACUGUGCUGCCUUUCACCAACAAAGGGAACCAAGCACUCAGUCGGUCUACACUACGUGCAUUAUUUCCCCCAACAAAAGAUUGCUCGGGAGCAAAAUAACUGGAAUACUACAUCCGUACAAACACUACAAUGAAGGAUUUUUUUAAAGUCAAUAUAUUGCUUUUAUCUAUUGCUUUGGCCCAGUAUUUACUGUCACGGUGAAGACAUUUUGGCUGAAGGGAUUUGUUACUUUAAGUAAUGGUGUAACCAUGGUUUAUCAAACCACAAGCACUCAAUGUAUUUGUAUUGUCCUGUGUAGUUGGGAUUAUUAUAUUUUGUAGCUAACCAUUUUUUUGGAUUCAUUUAAUUUUGCAUGCUGUUUUUUUUUUGUACGGAACAGUAAUAUUAAACCAGUGCCCAAUGUUGAUAUCAUGUAUCGGUGAAACGACAACCAGUAUUCAGUGUCUUAGUUGACUAUGUCAAGGAUUCUUCUGUUCUGCCUUCAUCGGACCAUGGGUUAACUGGGAGCGCUGCACCUAGUUUUGAUGUGGGUGCUGUGACCACCGUCAGAUGACUGAGCUGCUCACAGAGGUCGCAGAGUUCUCAUCAUCUGUCCUGUACUUAUUUUGCACAUGUUCUUAGUUUUGUAUUAUCGAUGGAGAAACAAGAAAAAUGUAUACUGGUUUACUCCUUACAUGCGUUUGAGAUUUCAGAAUAACCCCGUAUUCCAUCAGUGUGGGAGGCAGGAGUUCCUAUGCUAAGGGUUUCACAGGGUCCUCACAGACAAGCAGACAUUUCUAUAAAUUGGAUGCGAUUUGGGAAUAGUGUUACUUAGGUUUGGUUCAAAAGGCAAGACUACACAAGCAGCUUACUUGUAUGCGAGUAAUUGCUAUAGAAAGCACAUUACAGAUUAUUCACCAUUGCGUGAUAUCAGGCUUCAUUUUGAUACCUCUUUUAAGGUUUCAAUGUUAUAUGAAAAUAAAAAGGUAUUGGAUUCAACAUAUGUAUUUAUGGAAAAGAAAAGAUGUGCAACACUUGUACAGUUGUUGCUCUAUACAUCCCUGAAAAAUACUCAAACCCUUCCGAAGUAAAAUAUAUAUCUGAUUUUGAUGGACUAUUGCCAUUUUGGAUCCUUACAAUAAACCAGAAUAAAACUCGUA